UCUUAUUUUUCAUUAACAAUGGUCUGAGCAUUGCAGCUGCACGUGGAGUCUCUGGUCAUGAUGGGGCACAGCUAAUACUUAUAAGGAAAAGUAGAGCUUACCCUGAAGAAACAGCAGRGCUAUCUUCAAAGCAACUUUAAGAUAAAUUCAAGGAAUAUAUGAAAGAUCCAAGAUGGCUGUGAACUGAGAMGGUCCAUCUCAAGGAAACAUCUGUUCAAUGAUAGAGCUGUUGCUGCUGAAAGGCUGACUUUAAAGAGCAGGUUCUGGAAAUCAGCAACUUCACACGAGAUGAGUGUUUGCCAAAGAGGUCCGACAAGUGGAUAGACCAUGUGCACGGCUCUGAGCCCCAAGGCACGUGGGCCUGGCCUCUCUGACAUGCAUCAGUACAGCCAGUGGCUUGCCAGCAGACAUGAGGCCAACUUGCUGCCGAUGAAAGAGGAUUUGGCCCUGUGGCUCACAAACCUACUGGGUAGAGAAAUCACAGCAGAAACCUUUAUGGAGAAAUUGGAUAACGGUGCCUUGCUUUGUCGGUUAGCUGAGACCCUGCAGGAGAAGUUUAAGGAGAACAGCUUUGAUGCAAACAAGCCUGGCAAAACCUUACCCGUACGGAAGAUUCCCUGCAAAGCYAACGCUCCUUCAGGGUCCUUUUUUGCACGAGACAACACAGCCAACUUCUUAUCGUGGUGCCGAGAUGUAGGGGUGGAUGAUACCUGCCUGUUUGAAUCAGAAGGCUUGGUUCUCCACAAGCAGCCAAGGGAAGUGUGCCUUUGUUUGCUGGAACUUGGAAGGAUUGCAGCAAGGUUUGGGGUGGAGCCGCCUGGAUUAAUCAAGUUGGAAAAAGAAAUUGAACAGGAAGAAACACUUUCAACCCCCCUUCCUUCUCCUUCACCAUCACCAACAAAGUCUCCAGGGAAAAAGAGCACAGGGAAACUUUUGGAUGAUGCUGUUAAGCACAUUUCUGAGGAUCCACCUUGUAAAUGCCCUAAUAAGUUUUGUGUGGAGCGCCUUUCACAAGGAAGAUACAGAGUUGGGGAGAAGAUUCUUUUUAUUAGGAUGCUGCACAACAAGCACGUGAUGGUCCGCGUGGGAGGAGGCUGGGAGACGUUCGCCGGGUACCUGCUCAAACACGACCCGUGCCGCAUGCUCCAGAUCUCCCGCGUGGACGGGAAAACGUCGCCCGUCCAGAGCAAAUCCCCGACCCUGAAGGACAUGAACCCCGACAACUACCUGGUUGUGUCGGCCCAUUACAAAGCCAAGAAGGAGAUCAAGUGAAACGAGCUGCCCACGCGGUGGGGACUUGGUGUGUGUAGGUCCAGUGUGUUUUCUCAAGUGUAGUAAACCUAGUUUUAAGCUUUAAAAGGACUUGGGAAACGGUAAGGCAGGCUGAAAACGGCAACCCCUUUCGAAGAUCUUUGAGUCGUAGAACUAUUUAUUGCCAGUUACUGUGCCUUUUAUAGCAAAUUACCCUUGGUAGGCUAAUUACUGCAACCAGGUAAGAAAUAGACAUAUAUUUUUUAGCCAAAUUAUUACUCUUUAAUAUGGGAAUGCAUACUUAGAAUUACGUAAAGGAAUGGAUCAUGUUAAUGGAAGAAAGUACGCAGUAUAUUUGUAUGGAAAUCUUAGGACAUUGAGUCCUUGACCGUUAGGCUAGUUGAAAAGCAUCUAUGCAGGUAAAGAAAGGAGUUAUUUGCAGAAAUUAUGUGGUGGAGAAAGGCGUAUUUGCAGAAAUUACGUGGUGGUUUUGGUAAUGAAAGGAAAUCAGAGCUGUCUGUUUUUAUGGGACAGCCUUCCUUUUGCCCGCAUGGGAGCCUCGGCAGAUUCCUGCCUCAGAAAACACGAUGCUCUUCUUGGAUCGGAGCCUUUUCUGCCCCUUUUUUCCCGAUUCAGUUAGUCCCACCAAAUGCACCAUCCAUGUUAUCUUGUCAGUAGAGUGAUUCAUGCUCUUGAAAAUCAUUCGCGCACCUCCAGAAUUAGCUCAAGGCAGACUGGGGCUUGGGUCGGGAUUUUGGCUCUUUUUCUUUGUACUUGGUAAUUUAUGUGCCUUGUAACGUCCUAGAAAAAACUUUUUUUUUAAUAUAGGAUUAUUUGACUGACUGUAUAAAUUUGAGCAGAACUUGGUGGUUUUAUUAGCAACGAAAUAAACAGAAACUUUUUUAAAAUA